GACCAUUCAUGCUACUUUUGCACAAUUAUAUUCAUGUCUUGUAGCGGAAGUUUUCAAGAAUAUAGAAAGGGAAUUUUCUGAAAUGCAUUUGAAUUCUGUUGUUCAGGCAUGUAAUCUGCAUCUUUCUCUUUUCCAUUUUGGAUUGGACUUUUAUGGAUCUGAUGGCAGAGCAGACUGCAGAGUUAAUACCAAAGUUGUGUAUUAAUACUGAGAAUUGAACAGGAACCACCCCCUUGUUCCUGUUCUUCAUCAGAUUUUGUAAAUGAACACUCAGAAGAUUGAUUGCCAAACUAGAAUUCAGCAGAACCAUGGAGUGAUUCCUGAUUAUGGAAUUGAAUUCGGCCCUCGUUCUUCCCAGUUUUUAGGUGCUUGGAACAUGGGAAUUUGCAGUCAGCAGCCAUUGGCCACAGAUGGAGGAUCACAGCUGCAGACCUUGGGGCCUGCAAAACCAUCCUCCACAAUUAUGAGCCGCUUUGAUUCGCCGGCCUCCGCCUUCUAUGCCACCGAGAGAUUCAUGGGGUUUUCACAGUAUGAUCACCAAGCUAGUAACCCCCUUCUGUACUCCCAAAGCUCCACUUCUUGUGAUUCAAAACUUGAUAACUUUUCAGUCGAUUCGAAUUCAACCCCACCUGCUGAUGCCAACUUUCAAUUCAGAAAUACCUUCCAAUCAGUAAUGAGAGCUAGUUCUGAAAAUCCCAAUACAAUUCAAUGCCCUUCAAUUCCUUUUGAUGGAAACCAGGAUGUUAGAGUUUGUGGCUACUUGUAUGGUUCUCCACUUGCACAGCAGGCCCAGUGUGCUAGAUCUUCCUCUUCUGGGGGUGUUUCUGUUGCCCCUGCCAAUCCUGUUUCCCCAGUUCUUCACAGUAAAGCCCGAAUCAGGUGGACUCCAGAUCUUCAUGAGCGCUUUGUUGAGUGUGUAAAUCGCCUGGGUGGAGCUGAAAAAGCAACCCCAAAAGCCAUACUCAAGCUGAUGGAUUCAGAAGGACUGACCAUCUUUCAUGUGAAAAGCCAUUUGCAGAAAUAUCGAAUUGCAAAGUACAUGCCAGAAUCUGCAGAAGGGAAAUCUGAGAAAAGGGCCAGCACAAACGAUUUGCCACAUCUUGAUAACAAAACCAGUGGCAUGCAGUUCAAAGAGGCACUGCAGAUGCAGCUUGAUGUCCAGAGGCGUCUCCAUGAGCAGUUAGAGGUAAACAUGACACAGAGAAAUUUGCAGUUGAGGAUUGAAGAACAAGGGAGGCAGCUGAAAAUGAUGUUUGAACAGCAGCAACAGACGAAUAGGAGCUUCAUGGAGGCUGAUGAGGACUUGGAUAUCAUGUCACUGGAGGACCCGUCAACCAGUCUGGACCAAGUAGAAAACUUGAGUGCACAGGGGUCUGGGAACACUCAGUUUCCAUCAAAGAUAAGUUAGACGAUCUGAAGGAGAUGAUUUGAUAUGAUCUUUCUAGAUAUGUAAAAGCAGCCAUUGAUGGGGGGAUUUAUACCAAAUGCUCACCCACAGCACUCCCCUCACAUGAUCAGAAUCAAGAAAGGCAGUGUAUUUUCAACAUAAAUUUGAUGAGUAUACUUCAAAUCAUGCAUUAUACCAUUUGGAACUUGUUCUUGCUAAAAAUAAUCAUAAUUUUGAUUUUCUUUUGUGUUAUCUGGUUGAUCGCUCAAUGGAAAUGCAGCAGAGCUUUU